CUGUGACACACCGGAAGAAGAAGGAGAAGCUUCCGGAAGUAGGUCAUGAGCGCUCGAGAAGAGGUCCGGGGUUGAUACGGAGCUGCAACUGAAUUAAUGUUGUUCGUGCGUUGAUUUUAACGGUGACACUUUGACUAUCGCAGAUCGAAGGUCUAAAAAGCCCUGCUGGUUGAAUUAUCGCGCCUGUGUUGCUGCUUUCUCCUGAGUGGGACUGAACUAACCUGGGGAACUAAAAAGAUGGACCAGAACAACAGCAUACCACCCUUCCAAGGGCUGGCGUCUCCUCCGGGUGCCAUGACCCCAGGCUUGCCAAUCUUCAGUCCCAUGAUGCCAUAUGGCUCGGGUCUGACUCCUCAGCCAGUGCAGAACACCAACAGUUUGUCUAUACUGGAGGAACAGCAGAGGCAACAACAGCAACAGCAGCAGCAACAGCAACAGGCACAGCAGACCAGCUCAGGAGCGUCAGGGCAGACCCCUCAACUUUUCCACUCCCAGACGGUAACGGGCUCGACCACGACUGCACUGCCAGGAAACACCCCACUCUUCACCACCCCACUGACCCCCAUGACCCCAGUCACACCGGCCACACCUGCCUCCGAAACCUCUGGCAUAAUACCGCAGCUACAGAAUAUAGUAUCUACUGUAAACCUGGGUUGUAAACUAGAUUUGAAGACCAUUGCCUUGAGAGCCAGAAAUGCAGAGUACAACCCAAAGCGUUUUGCUGCAGUCAUCAUGAGAAUACGAGAGCCCAGGACCACUGCUCUGAUCUUCAGUUCUGGGAAGAUGGUGUGCACAGGAGCCAAGAGUGAGGAGCAGUCGAGGUUAGCAGCCAGAAAAUAUGCACGUGUUGUGCAGAAGCUUGGUUUUCCUGCUAAGUUUCUGGACUUCAAGAUUCAGAACAUGGUGGGCAGUUGUGAUGUGAAGUUCCCCAUUCGGCUGGAGGGAUUGGUUCUCACACAUCAGCAGUUUAGCAGCUAUGAGCCGGAGCUGUUUCCAGGACUGAUUUACAGAAUGAUCAAACCCCGAAUUGUCUUGCUCAUUUUUGUGUCUGGGAAAGUUGUACUCACAGGAGCCAAGGUGAGGUCAGAGAUCUACGAGGCUUUUGAAAACAUAUACCCCAUCCUCAAAGGCUUUCGCAAGACAACGUAGACCCUGCACCUCUUCUUUUAUCGUCUCCAAAACCUCGUCUCUUUUAAGAUUUUUUUUUUUCUAAUAUUCAUGUCAAAGCAUCACCUCUUCAAGUGGACUGCUGUAAGAGAUGUGCUAUAAGGAAGUGAUUUUCUCACUUUUAAUUUUUGUCCCUACAGGAUUUAAGAUUGUCUUGAAAAAUAGGGUUUUAAAGGUCUUUUCUGUGUUGUGAUCACACAGGUUUGUAUAUUUAAAGCUCAGUUUAUUACAUACAUAUUUUAAGGCCUUUUUCAAAUGUACAUAAGACUGUAAGAAAAUGUAAAAAGUACUGAUUAGAAAAGAGGCAGUCUGACUGGGACUGUUUUUUUUUUUUGUUUUUGGUUUUAUUUUUCGCACCUAGUUUUUUUACUUUGUUUUUAUUAAUCACUCAUGUUGUAUUUUGACGUUAUCGGAUUUGUCAGAGAGACUAAUCAGAAUUAGUUUGUUUUGUGACAGAUGGUCUGCAUUUGUAUUCAAGUCAUCAGGGUUCAUUUAAUAUCUAAAUAGCUGAAUUGGAUUUCCUUCUGAAUUUAAGGUCAGAAUGUUCAGCAGUUAUUGAUAGUGAAUGCUCUUAAAGUUCAAAUCAGUUCAGUUGGAGUCAGUCUAAAACUUUCUUUGAAGCAGAUAACAUAAUUUUAGAAAGAAGUGUCUUAAUGGUUAAACUUUUGUGUGUAUAUAAAUAUAAAAAUAUUUUUUCUACUGUAAAUAAGUGAGUCCAACCUUGAAGGGGAUGCUGCUUUGCAGAUAUUUUUUUUUUUUUUUUUUGACUAAUAGGACCUUGUGUCUGUAAGAUCAGAGACACUCAGAAAGUCAUAAAUUCAGCCAGGAAUGAAAUGUGAAAGAACAGUACAAUAGGAAGCGGCAAACUUGAUCCUGGAUUUACAUCUGGCAGUAUGAUGGCAGGUAAAAAUCUGCAUCAUGUCACCGCAUAUGUAUUAAGUUUUGUUUUUGGCAGUCAAAAUCAAAACUACAUUUCAAAGUUUCUGGGGUUCUUUUUCCAAACAGGAAAAUGUAACUCUGUCCUGGUUGUCCGUGAACUUUGCUCAGACACACAGCUGCCGUGUGCUUCUGUGUCACAGGCAGGUUCAGCUGGACGCAUCCUUCACACCAGUGUUAACAUGUAGCUCUUAACCAAUUCAGAAUAUUUGAGUCGCAGAUCAUUUGGUUCACAUGUUCAGUCAGGUCACUUUCAUCAACUGUUUGUAUGGAAAACAAGCUAUUAGGAACCCGUCAGGUCUAAAUGCUUCUUAAGUUGUUAGUGUACUGCUCGGUGCAUUAAUAAAUGUGUACAUACUGA